AUGGCGCCGUUGGUCUCGGCAAAUUUGCGAAUGUCUUUCGAUAGCAAACGGCCAGAUGACCCGGGCUCUACGACUUCAAAGGUCGCCAUGUCGCAGAGGAGGCCCAGGUUCUUUGGGAAGGAUGUGAUGAUCCUACCAUUGAACCUGGACCCGGGGCCGGAGACGGAUAUGAAGCCGGUGCUGAAGUUGGAGUUACAGGUGGCUUUUUUGGAGGACGACUGUGCUUUAUCGAUGUUGUAUCAGUUUGAGAUUUAG